GAGUUUACGGCGAGAGCCCGUGCUGGCCGUUGGCCAAAGCGAUGUUGUUCUUUACGGUGUUAGUUUUCCUUCUCGGAGAUUUUGCCUUGAUUGAAGCAAAGGUACCAAUAGUUAUUGUUCCAGGAGAUGGAGGUAGUCAACUCCAGGCCCGUAUUAACAAGUCAACAGUACCACACUUGUGGUGUGAAAAAACUUCAAGUUCCUGGUUUGACUUGUGGCUUAGCAUAGAGUCAAUGUUGCCAGGAGCUAUUGGAUGUUGGGCAGACAACAUAAGGCUUGCCUUUAAUGAAACAUCUCAAAGGAUGGGCAAUGCACCUGGAGUUGAGGUAAAAGUUCCAUAUUUUGGAACAACCAAAGGUGUUUCCUAUUUGGAUCCUUCUCUUUAUCAUCCAGGAGAGUAUUUUGCUGAAAUGGUGGCUGCUCUGGAAAGCAUUGGAUUUGAGGAGAAUAUAUCACUGCGAGCUGCACCAUUUGACUUCAGAUAUGCACCAAAUUCUGCUCUGGAAUACUUUGCCAACUUGAAAGCUCUAAUAGAAGACACAUACUUGAAAAACAAUAAGACACAAAUUGUUUUGCUGUCUCACAGCUUGGGAUGUCCGUAUACUCAUCACUUUCUCUACAACAUGUCUCAGGAAUGGAAGGACACACACAUAAGGGCUUGGGUAACUAUUGCUGGGGCAUGGGCUGGUUCAGCCAAGCUAAUGCGUAUAUAUGCUUCAGGAACCAACCUUGGUUUUCCAGAUGUUGUUCUUGAGCCACUGAACCUCAGGCCAGUUUUACGAACCUAUGAGAGCUCUGCAUUUUUGAUGCCCAGUAAAGAUUUUUGGUCUGCAGAGGAGGUCAUUGUUCAAACAGCCAAUCUAAACUACUCAUUAGGAAACUUAGAGAAAUUUUUUCAUGACAUUCACUAUCCAGAUGCCAUUAACAUAAGUCGACAGGUUCCACCUAUCUGGAUCAAUGACCCACCCAAUGUACCUUUGUAUUGCCUGUAUGGCACAGGAGUACCAACACCUGAAAAGUUUGUUUAUGGAGCAGAUGAGUUUCCUGAUACAUUUCCUAAGACAUUGUUCGGAGAUGGAGAUGGGACUGUAAACAUUCGCAGCCUAAAGGCUUGUCAGAGCUUUGUGGGUAAACAGAAACAGAAAGUAGUUACUAAGUCAUUUUCAAAUGCAGACCACAUGGGUAUCAUUGGUGACAUAAGGGUGAUUGAAUUUGUGAAGAAUCUCGUUAGUUCAUUGGAUUGAUCGUGCAAUUGGUUUUCUUUUUAUCUGAGAUUUUCCUGCGCUGUCAACACAAACAUGUGCAUGAUCUGUAUAUAUUUUAGCGAAAUUUAAGUUAUUGCAAAUAUUUGCCGAGAUAUGGCAAAGCCCUUAUGGAAAUAGUGUAUCUCUCCACAAG